AACAGAGGGGAGAGACAGAGAGAGGAGGAGGAGGAGAGAGAGAUGCACCUUCUUUUUUUUUUUUUGAUCUAGAGAGAUGUACCUGAAGAAGCCGUUUUGGAGCGAGGGAUUGAACUCGGAAUCGCAGACUCAGUCACCGUCGGCGGUCGGAGAACUGGUGAACUCGCUCGACGACCAGAGACUAUACAGAGAGGUAACACUCGCACUCCGAACUGGGCUCAGGGACGCACGUGCCGAGUUCUCGUUCCUCCGAGACCGUGGCCUUCGCAGCAUUCUCAAAUUUCUCCGAUCCGUCGCCGGCUCCGAUUCAACCAUCAACCUCUUUUGCCACAGUCAAUCCAUUCCCGAGCUCCAAGUUGUACCAGUUCUGUUUCAACAUUCAUUAAAAGAGCCAGAGGAUCAGAGAGUUGCGAAUUUGGAUCAUAUAUUCAGUGUCGAACCUAUGAAAAUAACUAGCCCUUCAACCGAUGAUGAAAUUGCACUAGCUCUUCGAGUUUUGGAAGGAUGUUGUCUUCUCCACACAGAAAGCACUGUUUUGGCCCAUAAUUACAAGGCAAUACAGGUUUUGAUGAAUAUAUUAUCAACUCGCGGGGUACUUGAGCAAGGUGCCUGUUUAGAUGCCUUAAUCUCAUUAAUGUUGGAUUCCUCAGCCAAUCAGCUGGAUUUUGAGGCAUGCAAUGGUGUUGAGGAAGUUGCAGUUCUCAUAAGAGACAAACAAGUGGAUGAAAAUCUAAGACUCAAGUGUGGAGAAUUUUUGCUGCUACUCAUUGGGCAUGUGAAUGGAAGAGAAAGGUCUACCGUAGCAACAAUACACGAUGACAUAAGGCGGCUUCUGGGCGAGAAAUCUGCCUCUUUGAUAUGGGCAGCCAGUCAGUUUGGCUCAACCCUUGAUCCGGAGCAGAGACUAACAGCUCUGCACAUCCAAGCACGCAGGGUUCUUGAGUCACUGGACUUUUAUUGAGUACAAAAUAAUAGUGUUCCACCAAGCGUUGUUGUCACUCAUAUGUGCAUUUCCAAAGAAUUUAAACAGAAGUGCCUCAUGUAGUUUUCACCUGCUCUUUUCUAGUAACUCAAACCUAUCGGGUGGAAGUACUUGAGAAAUCUAAACUGGAGGAUUGUAUUAUUAUGUGAAUUGUACAAAUAUAAUAGAGACUUGGAAAUGUUAUGAUAGUCCUGUUUGCUUGCGUGAUA